AUGUUUUCACGUCUUACUUUCAACUGUGUCCUGCUGCUGCUGCUACUGCUACUUGCAAGGUCUUUGGAAGACGCAGUUAUUGUCGAGGUCGGUAAGAAUGCAUAUCUGCCCUCCAGCUACACUCUACCUACCCCUGGGACACCUGUGCCUGUGUGCUGGGGUAAGGGACCCUGCCCUUGGUCACGGUGUGGCAGUGGUGUUGUCAGCACUGAUGAAAGAAACGUGACAUAUCAGAAAUCCAGAAGAUACCAGCUAAGGGGGAAUUUCCUCAAAGGAGAUGUGUCCCUGACCAUAGAGAACGUGACUGUAGAUGACCAUGGGACCUACUGCUGCAGGGUAGAAUUCCCUGGUCUAGGGAAUGAUAAAAAAUUAGACCUGAAAUUAGUCAUCAUACCAGGUCUGAAGCAGAUUUCCACAUGGGCAGAUGAUAUGAAGGACUCUGGAGAAACCAUUAGAAUGGCUAUCUACAUCGGAGUAGGGGUCUCUGCUGGGCUGGCGUUGGCACUUAUCUUUGGUGUUUUAAUCCUUAAAUGGUAUUCUUAUAAGAAAAAGAAGUUACAGAAUUCAAGUCUCAUCACACUGGCCAACCUCCCUCCAGUGGGGAUAGCGAAUGCAGGAGCAGGCAGGAAUCGAUCUGAGGAAAACAUCUAUACCAUCGAGGAAAACAUCUACGAAAUGCAGAAUUCAAAUGAGUACUACUGUUAUGCCAGCAAUGGGCAGCCAUCCUGA